AAUUAUUUUCCAUUAAAGAAGGAGAAAAACCAUAAUAAGAAGAGGAAAUGGCGGGAGUGACACACAUGUCCAUAUGUUUUCUCCUCAAGCCAUUCUGUUUUGGUAAAUUACUAACAAAGAUAUAAAUUUUACUUGCUUAAAUUCAAGAUAUAAAUUUUUUUUUUGAUACUAUUUUAUUUUAUAGUGCGCCAAUUUGCCCAUUAUUUUUGUUCAAAAGCAUCUUCAUCCUUUCCUCCUCCUCCACCACCACCACCACCACUACCUUCCUUCUGCUGCUGUAUGCCCUUUCCUCUCUUCUCCGCCCCCUAAUCACCACUCUUAUGGCUACCCACAACCUCCAAAACCAUACCCUCAACGGUGACCACUGUGAUUCCACCGUCCCCAGUUCAAAAAAGCCCAAACUUUCUUCCCCUGCCACCACCACCACCACCAUUAUCUCCCACAGCCAAAUCCAAUCUGAAUUCUCCCACCACGACCUAUCCAUCGCCCGCAUCAACAACGGAAGCUUCGGCAGUUGUCCUCAAUCUGUCAUCUCCGCCCAGAAACAGUGGCAGCUUCAGUUCCUCUGUCAGCCUGACCACUUCUACUACAACCAGCUUAAGCCUGGUAUCCUCCACUCUCGAUCCAUUGUUAAAUCUUUAAUUAAUGCUGACCACGUCGACGAGGUUUCCCUCGUAGACAACGCCACCACUGCUGCUGCUAUCGUCUUGCAGAAAUCGGCACGGUCCUUCUACGAAGGCAGAUAUGAUAAAGGGGAUGUUGCUGUAAUGCUUCAUUAUGCCUACGGAUCUGUGAAGAAGUCCGUUGAAGCUUAUGUCACCCGUGCUGGUGGACGUGUGAUCGAAGUUCAGUUGCCGUUUCCGGUGAAAUCUAAGGAGGAAAUUAUUGCCAAAUUCCGUAAGGCUUUGGAAAAAGGAAAAGAGAAUGGGAAGAAAGUGAGGCUUGCUGUGAUUGACCACGUCACUUCCAUGCCUAGUGUGGUGAUUCCUAUUAAAGAAUUGGUUAAAAUUUGCAGAGAGGAAGGUGUAGACCAGGUGUUUGUUGAUGCAGCUCAUGGGAUUGGGUGUGUUGACGUUGAUAUGAAAGAAAUUGGGCCUGAUUUCUAUACCAGCAAUUUGUAUAAAUGGUUUUUUUGCCCCCCUUCUGUUGCCUUUCUGUAUUCAAGAAAAUCGAGUGGUCAAGAUAAUAAUGAUGAUUUGCAUCACCCUGUAGUGUCCCAUGAGUAUGGUAAUGGGUUGGCUGUGGAAAGUUCUUGGAUUGGAAAUAGGGACUACAGUGCUCAAUUAGUAGUUCCUUCGGUUUUGGAAUUCAUCAAUAAAUUUCCAGGUGGAAUUGAAGGAAUUAAGAAGAGGAAUCAUGAGGCUGUGGUGGAGAUGGGGGAGAUGUUGGUUAAGGAAUGGGGAACUCAUCUUGGAUGCCCGCCGGAGAUGUGUGGGAGCAUGGUCAUGGUUGGAUUACCUGUUUGUUUGGGGAUUUACAGUGAGUCGGAUGCUUUGAAGUUGAGAACUCAUUUGAGGAAUAAUUUUGGGGUUGAAGUCCCAAUAUAUUUUAGGGCUCCAAAAGAUGGAGAGGUUGAUCCUGUUACUGGGUAUGCUCGGAUUUCUCAUCAAGUCUACAACAAGGUUGAUGAUUACUACAAAUUUAGGGAUGCCAUCAACAAAAUUGUCAGUGAUGGUACAACUUGUGCAUGUCUCCCUAAUUGAAGAAGAGUGAAAUGCGGCACACUAGAAGUAUUCCAAUGUAUAACAGUCAUUAUACAUGGCCAGUGAUCAUGGUUUUGGUAGCAUGAACCCUCAACCUCCGUCACUCCCUACUGCAGAUGGACUAAUGAAUCAAAGCUGCAGCAUUUGUUUUAAGUGUAAUAAACUUGUCAGUUGUAAUCAUAAGCGAUCUUUUUGUAAAUGUUUUGAUGACAACUUUAGAUUUUGCAUGCUUCAACUCUUCACCCACUUAAAUAAGCAUGACUUCACAUAGACUGGACAGUCAUUCAUAACUAUGACUUUGCAUGUAUGCCCCAUUCACCAUUGUUGUGGGAUUAUGGUAGCUGAGUUCUGGAUUUUAAAAUUUUCAUGCGA